CGCCGCCGCCUGUUUCGCCCCGCCGGUUCCGGCCCUUACCCUGUAUAUUAACCCACCCCACCCCAUUCGCCUAGCAUCAACAAGAAAUCAACAACGACACAGCAUCACGAUUCUUGCACACAGCUCAGUACAAGUCUACAGCGAUCAGCGAGCGAUCCUCUGAUUCUGAAGCCAAACAAGCUAAUCUCCAAGAAAGAGGAGGACAUGGCGGGCGCAGCGAAGGCGUCGUGGAUGGUGGCGAUGAGCGUGGGCGCCGUGGAGGCGCUCAAGGACCAGGCGGGGCUCUGCCGCUGGAACUACGCGCUGCGGUCCAUCCACCAGGCCGCCAAGGCCAACGCUCCCAGCUUCGCGCAGGCCAAGAAGCUGGCGCCGGCGCCGGCGGAGAGGAGGCGGGCGGACAAGGCCGCGGAGGAGGGGUUGAGGACGGUCAUGUACCUCAGCUGCUGGGGCCCUAAUUAGUCGUCAUAGGUCUUAGCCUCUUAGGUCCUCUUGCUCUGUUCCAGCUUUGAGGUUUCAGCAGAUGAGCGAGCUUGGCGGCCGAUUCGUCCUCCUGACUGUAAAUAUAGAAGAGCAAAUGAUGAUGGUGAAAAGUUCUGUCAGUUCAUCCAAGUAUAUGGAUGCUUCUGUUGCCUAAUGCUUGUUGUUGUGCUUUC